AUGAUUUCUCGCCGCCUCUCCAGUUUCUCUCAGUUGUGGAGGAGAAACCUCUACACGACGUUGAGUUCCGCUCCGGCAAUCCGCGUGGAGAAGGUGUUCGAUGAUGUCCUUGUGGAGAAGCCCAUGGAGAAGUCUGUGAUGGCAAAGAAGAUUCUUGAAGAUAUACCGAGUCUAACAGCUUCGAAUCUGGACCGCGUAUUGAGGGAGACGAACGGAUCUUUGACUGAGGCGGAUCUCGCCGGAUGCGCGUUCUUCCUGUCCAACAACGGGAAAGAGGAACGAACGUUGGAGAUCUACCUGUGGAUGGAGAAACGGAUGAUGGCAUUUUCUCCAGUCCAAUUGGCACAUUUUGUUGAGCUCUUUGCUAAGAUCAAAGGGCAUGUUGCUGCUACCGAUUUGUUCAAGACACUUGAUCCGGAGUUCGAUGAAACUAAUCCUCUUUCUGAUAACUGGCCGGCGUUCUUGAAACUGCAGAACUUGAAGCUGGUCCAGAAGAACAUUGAGAAGUUAACUAUCCUGGACAUAGCCGAUAGGUUGGCUCCUUCAGUGGUUUAUUUGGUUGGUACAUAUGGGGUCGGUGACAGCCAAAAUAUCGGCUCGGGCCCUGGUUUUUUCCUAGGGAAGGAAGGCAACGUACUUACGUGUGCUCAUGUUGUAAUCGAUUUCGAAAGAGCUCGAAAUUGUCCAUCGUAUAAUGCAUCGACUAAGAGGUAUAACACCUACCACGAUGUGGCGUUGGUGAAAAUCCUUGAGGAUAUCGAGUCCGUUUCCAUCACUUUGGGUUGUUCCCAAUCUCUCCGUCGUGGAGAUGCAGUAAUCUGUUUUGGAUCUCCCCACCAUCUCCAUAGAUCCCUUUCUGUGGGUGUUGUGAGCUGUGUGGACCGCACCGAUGAGGAGAUUAACGCGCCUGAAAGGAACUUAGAAAUUCCCUGGACCUACAUUCAGACAGAUUGUGCUAUCAACUCGGGCAACUCAGGAGGCCCGCUCGUUGACCUUCAGGGCAGUGUCGUAGGGCAAGUGUGCAUGAGGAGACAAGACUCAGAAGGGAUAGGGAUCGUAACCCCGAUCGACAGAGUCAUCAAAGUUGCCAGAAGGAUGCUCAAGGAAUGA